CGCUGUGUCUUUAAGGCAGACGCGCGGAGGUUUCUGCACAGGACAAAAUGUCUGCGAGGAUCUGGAGGGGACCGGCGAUCCCAGACUUGUAGCCCGCCUCCUGCUCCUGCCGCGCUUUGGGGGUGAUGGGGCUUAAACGUCUUAUCAUUCCUUCCAGAUAAUGGAUACUCAAAUGAAACUCACUAUGGGCGAGUUCAGAGAUGGCAUUCAUAUAUGUGGCACUCCUCUGGGCAUCCCAGAUUUUGAAGAAACUCAGAAACAUCUUGCAGGGAGGUAAAGCAUGACAGUAAUUGGUCACCCCUGGCACUUUUAAGGGCUCAUCAGUAAUGCUCACUCUCAGACUUUGGCACAGCACUGCUGAUGGUUCUUUAGAACUCAGGAUUCAUGCUGCAGUGUUUCUACGGGAGAACUGACAUUGGCUGGAAACCCUGAGGCAUGACAGGGACCCCCCAAGGCCCACAGGAUAUGGCCUACCAACUAACUUAAAGGCGCGGCGGAGAGAAUGCGGAGUGACGAGCUGGCGGCGCCCAUGGAAGACACCCACGGGCCGGACGAUGCGGCGGCGCGGGGCGGCCCUUGUCCCGGCCUGGCCCCGGCGCCUCCCGGCCGCCUGGGGGCGCCCUACUGCGAGGCCUGGGGCUACUUUCAUUUGGCCCCCGCGCGCCCGGGCCACGCCGCGGGCCAGUGGGCCACCUGCCGGCUGUGCGGGGAGCAGGUGAGCCGCGGCCCGGGCUUCCACGCCGGCACCCCGGCGCUGUGGCGGCACCUCAAGAGCGCGCAUCAGCGGGAGAUGGAGAAGAGCGCCGCCCGCCGCUCGCCGCCCGCCGCCCCUUGCCCGCCGCCGCCGGCGCCGCCGGGCCCCGCCGCGGCCGCCGAGGGCGACUGGGCGCGCUUGCUGGAGCAGAUGGGCGCGCUGGCCGUGCGCUGCAGCCUGCGUGAGCGUGAGCUGGCGCGGCGCGAGGCGGCCGUGGAGCAGGGCGAGCGCGCCUUGGAGCGGAGGCGGCGGGCCCUGCAGGAGGAGGAGCGCGCGGCGGCCCAGGCGCGGCGGGAGCUGCAGGCUGAGAGGGAGGUGCUGCAGGCGCGGCUGCGGGAAGUGAGCCGCCGCGAAGGCGCCUUGGCCGCCGCCUCUGUCCCGCUGCAGACCCCGCUCAAAGAAGAGCCCGGGGGGGAGAGGGACGGCUACAUAAUCACCAAGGUCCUGCUGUAGGCUGUGGCCGCCUUCCGCCCCCCAGUCCCUCCCAUGCCAGCGCUGCUCCAAGUGUCGCUGGACCGGCCUUACCUAGGACCUGAAUCUCAGGCCCGCCGACAUCUCCACCGGUGGGCCCUUGAGAAGCACUUCAGAGGCCAAAACAAAACCCCAAAUCACUAACGCUCCGUGACACCCCCCCAACCCCGGGGGCCUGUAGGCACAAGCUCCAGUGGCCUCCUUUGUUCUUGGCCUUUAGUGAGCACCGGUGCAGGAGCUGGUUUUCCUCCAACUGCCUUUGGAAUGACAGCUCCAGCAACUUCGUGAGACUAGGUCACCAGAGCAGUCUUGUAGCCGGUAACUUUGAAAGGACAGAAACUUCCUCGUGUACCAAAGACUAUCCUACUACGUGCCUGUACACCAGCCAGGGCAACCCAGGGUGGAGGGUGCUUGGAAAUUAGGAUAAAGCAUUUUAUCCAAGAAGAGUUUUACUCAUUUCCCAAUGAAUAAAUAAAUUUUUGGUAAUUGGUUUGCCUAGCAGGAAGUUCUGAAAAUGGGGCCAUUUAGCUUCCACAACGGCUCUUUACCCUGUCCUCUCUAGUGCCUCAUCAGAGCAGUCUGGGAGAACCCCUAUUUACUCCACUCCCUAGCUUGCAGAUAGUACCAAGUGCACCCUGUUCUCAUACCAGCUGUUUUCUUUCCGUUUCAGACCCAGUGCCAGCUGUAGUGAGUUUCCCAACUUUCCUGCCUCACACGCCCUUGCUAGCAAAACAUGACCUCCUCCCUCGUUAGGAAGAGAACUUGAUUUCCCACAGAUCCACAGUCCUCGCUUCUGGGCCACAGUAGAAGGAAGGCAUUCCUUCAUUCUGAGGCCAUCUCUGCCUCUUUAUCUGUUUUCAUCCAUUUCUCUUCCACCAUUACUAGACCUGUGCUCCAUUACUGUUUCUUCUUUCCUCUUCUUUCCUCCCUUCCCCAGACUAUGGUUCCUCAGUAACACCCAGUCUACCCUGUACUAAAAAGAAAGACUCCCCCAGCCUGGCUGCUUCCACUGAACUAUCCAAGGGGGUCCUGGUUAUUCUUGCUGCCUAUACUUCCUCCCAUACUUCAGUUCUUCACUCGUGGUCAGCUUCCCAUCCUACCCUGGACCCUUAAGAAGCUGAAUAUGACAAUUUAUGUUCAGCCUUCAUCUUCCUAGUACAAUGAACACCACAUAUACCCUCCACCUAGACUGAGCAAUUGUUAACAUUUUGCCUUAUUUCCUUUCUCGGCCCUCUCCCCCAAACAUACCUCUCAUUUCAUCCAUUAGUAUUUCAGCAUAUAUAUCCUAUGAGCCUCUAAAGUAGUCCUUAAUCAAAAUUCUGUAAUUGACUCAGAACUGUUUUAUCUUCUCUUAAAAAAGGGGGGGGGGUCCAAACAAGGUUCAUUAUUUUUUUAUUAUAACUUUGUCUCUUUUAGUCUAGAACAGCUCCUAUGACACUUUUGGGAGUUCCAGCCAUCUGUCUUAUAGAAUGUCCUUUAUUCUGGAAUUGUCUGAUUGUUUCCUUAAGUCAAUUUAUGUACUCAUUCUUGACUCAUCUACCCCUGUGCCGGUGACUCCUGACUACCUCCAGCCUCCAGGUUCUUCCCAGUUCUGUCCUUCAUGUUCAAAUCCCUACUGCAUGUCUCCACCUCUAUUUGUAUAUCCUGCCACUGCUGAUCCAAAGGGCAAAUCUAUUCCUUUCCACGUUCCCACCCCUUACCUAAUAACUAACAUUUACUGGGCUCUUAAAAUGUACAGCUAUGUACUGCACACUACAUGCAUUACCUUACUUUAUUCUCAUAGCAGCUCCCUAAGGAGGUAGUAAUGUUAUGCCCAUUUACGGCUACUGAAACUGAGAUACAGAGGCGUUAAACAGCUUCUACAGGAUCACAGCUGGUAAGUAGUAGCAUUGGGAUCCAAAUCCAGUCUCCAUCUCCAGACACGCUGUUCCUAGCUGCUGUAUUGUCUCCCUUGCUAGUCACUGAGCUGACACCAAGUUUCCUCCCUCUCAUUCCAGGUACUACUGGUCAGUGACAUUAACAUGCACUGAGCAUUCACCAUCUGGCAGAGCUGUGCCAAAUGCUUUACAAGAAUAACUGACUACCAUAGAGCAACCCAUGACAUAAUUAAUACUAUGCCCAUUUCGAAGAGGAAGAGACAGGCUUAGGGAGUUAAGCCAUGUCGAGGCAGAAUGGGAAUUGAACUCAUGUCACUGAAUCCCAGGUCCCUGAUCUACUGAGUCUAUUUCUACAAACUGUCACACCUGUCUUCCUUCUGAUGCCACCUCAGGCCUCAUUUAUCAUUCAUCUGGGGUUCAUCUUCCCAUCCUUGUCUUCCCAACUGUCCCCUUCCUAACACUCAACUUGACCAAAGGGAACUGUUCUUCUUCUUCUUCUUUUUUUUUUUUUUUUUUUAAAGAUUUUAUUUAUCUGACAGGGAGAGAAACAGCGAGAGAGGGAACACAAGCAGGGGGGGUGGGAGAGGGAGAAACAGGCUCCCUGCGGAGCAUGGAGCCCAAUGCAGGGCUCAAUCGCAGGAUCCUGGGAUCGUGACCUAAGCCGAAAGCAAAUGCUUAACUACUGAGCCACCCAGGCGCCCCCAAAGGAUCUGUUCUAAGCCAACAUUGAUUAUAUAACAAUUCCUGCUCAAAGGCCCCCCAAGAUCACCCCCAUCAUUAAUAAGCUUCGACUUUGUAGCCUGACAUUCAAGUACCCCAACCCUGCUGCCAGUCUUAUCUUUCCCCUCCCCUACCUACACUAUAUGCUCCAGCCCAACCGGACUCUGUUCUUUUUGACAUGCCCUCGUCUUGGCACCUGUAUGCCUGUUUGCCCUUGCUCCACUUAAAAGGCCUCUUCAGUCUCUGAGUAUGAAGAAUUCCACCCAUUUUCAAAGACCAAGCUCAAAUUCCACUGCCUGAAUGAAGCUUUCCUUGGUUAUUCCUAAUUUAGAGACGAUUCUUUUCUUCUUUGGACUCCUUAGCAUUUUAUAGCCUCUUAACACUUAGAACAUGCCAUCUGGCAUAUAAUUCUAUGGGUUCUUGUCUUUCCUCCUGCCAGACCCGAACCCUCGGGUCUAUUCCUACAGUGUUUUGCAUAUAAUAGCUGCUCAAUAAAUAUCUGAGACAUUGAA